AUGAUGGUGGAGACCAUCCUCGAGUCCUCACAGGACUUCGGCAUGUCGAAUGGUCCGCUGCCGCAAUGGAAGCGCGAGCUGCUGCAGAGACGCGCGGCGCGCUCUCGACCGCCUGCGCCACCUGCCACUCCUCCGCCGCAGCCCCCACCUCCUCCACCACCGCCCGAAGACGACGAAGAGCUAAGUUACGGGCCCGGUAUCGUGAAGCGUCUCAAAUCGCGAUACCUCAGCUUAGCGCUGCGAGAAGCGCCUCGCCGGCGACCCUCCGUCCUACGCAGGGCCGCUUCCCUUGAGCACCUUUUAGAUGAGCGCCCACCACCUGCUCCGCGUCCAUCUGCGCGUCCCGCCCGACCUGUGUCGCUCGCCGCUCCACCUCCCACCGCGGUCCCGCUCCGCCGCGAUUCCGUUAAGCGCGCGCGUUCCGUGGACGCUCUCAGCCGCCUCGAUGAGCCUCCGCCGCAGGCGCCGCCCUCUCCGCUGCCUCGAGCCCCGCGUCCGCCGCGUCGGCCGGCUCCUCUUCUACGCGAUACCGAGCGACCCCCACCCGAUGUGGUUCGUUCGACCCUUCGCAAGUUCGAGACAACACCUCCUAGGCGGUCUGCGCCCGCCGCCCGUGUGUCCGCUGUGGUACGAGGUCUGGAGGCCCCACGUACCUCAACGCCCGAACCAAGCGCGCGCUCCCCGAGCCCAGCCGCCGCCGACCUCUCUGCCAUCGAUGAGCCCGAGGGCACUGUACUUUCGAUCGAGACAAAACAGGUGUCGCAAGCGGCGUUGGAUGGAAUCGCACGUGCCGGUUCCACCGUGCGCUACUCGUUCCAAUCACCAAAAUUGGGUUCACACCUGCCGCCACUGGCAACUACGAACCCCGUUCUGCUCAAUCGUGUGCGCCUAUCUGCUUCUCCGCGUAGAGUUGGUGUCAUUAAGCCUAUGCCGGCACCGUGUGCUGAUGUCGCGUCUCCACCACCGGAGCGCACUGCGGAUGUCAUAGAUGAGCUGCCACGCCUCGAGACUCCACCUCCGGAUGCGCCAGAAAGCCCGGUAACGGCCCGGACUGAGCGAAAAGACCCUCCACCAUCCGCCGUCGUCGAACCCAUCCCAAGACCGCCUCCGGAAAAAACCGAAAUGGAACGAGAUCAGAGCGCAUCUCGCGAGCCGUCGCCGGAAGUUGAUCUGAAACUGGAGCCGAUAGUAAAAUUGGAGAGUCCAAAAAUGAGUGAGAAGCCGUUAAUGAACGGUCACGCAACUCCAGAAAGGAGCCUGAAGACGGCAGGUGUGGAGCGUGCAUGGACGGGAGCAGGCCCUGAAGGGGGAGCGGGCCCGCGACGGCUGCGGUCGGCGGUGCCGGCCUCGACGUCCGUGGUUUUCAACUUCUCACAUCGCAAGGAAGUACCCGACUACAUCGAAAAUGAUGGCAUCGUGCUACGAGCUGCCAAGAGGAAUCGCUUUAAGUUAGUGUGUAAAAAUGAUAGACAUGAUAAAUUCCGAAGUAUUAGACACAAGAAGACAUCAUCCCGCCAAAGAACUUGUUCAAACGAAUCGACCACUUAA